AUGGAAUUCAUUUUCCUGGGCUUUUCAAACCAUCCCAACCUUCAGAUUUUAUUCUUCCUGGUGUUCUUGGUCAUCUACAUAGUAACCCUCCUGGGGAACACUCUGAUCUUAACCCUGACCAGGGCUGAUUCAACCCUUCAGACACCCAUGUAUUUUUUUCUUAGUAAUCUGUCCUUCUUAGAUAUCUGCUAUACGUCCGCCACAAUGCCAGUCAUGCUGGUCAACUUCUUCAGGCGAAGGAAAACCAUCUCAUAUGCCGGGUGCAUGGCCCAACUAUUUUUCCUCAUUACAUGCGCUGGCACAGAGUGUGUCCUGUUGGCUGUCAUGGCUUAUGACCGAUAUGUGGCUGUCUGCAAGCCCUUGAGCUACCCAAGCAUUAUGAGCAACAGGCUUUGUGUGCAGCUGGCGGCAUUUUCAUGGCUGUGUGGCUUGGUGAAUUCCCUGGUGCACACUGUCCUCACAUCAGCCAUAGUCAUAUGCAAGUCCAAUCAGCUCAGCCACUUCUUUUGUGAUGUCCCGUUGCUGCUGAAGAUCUCUUGCACAGACACCUCUGUCAAUGAAGCUGUGCUUCAUUUGGCUAGUGCCUUGAUUGGACUGAGCCCUUGUCUGUUCACCGUGAUCUCUUAUGGCCACAUCAUCAGCACCAUCCUGAAGAUCCAGUCGAUCAAGGGCCGAUUCAAAGCUUUCUCCACCUGCACCCAUCUGAUUGUGGUCAUCAUCUUCUACAGUACCUCCAACUUCAAUUAUAAUCGGCCCAGCUUAGGCUACUAUCUGGACAUAGACACCUUGGUUUCGUCAUUAUAUUGCAUUGUGACCCCCAUGUUAAACCCAGUUAUCUAUAGUCUAAGGAAUAAAGAGGUGAAGGGUGCACUGAAAAAAAUGGGCAGAAAAUAUUUCGCUGCAGUGGCCAGGCCCAGAGGAAGGGAGGGGGAAUGUCAAUGA